AUGUCAGCCUGGCCCGGCGUCCACGUCGGCGACGCCGGCGCGGCCUGGCUGCUCGGGCGGCGAGCCUUCUCCCGCCGUGCCCUCGGGCUGCAAAAGGGAGAGGCGGUCCCGGAUCUGUCGGUCGAGCCGAAUAUCCACGUUCUGACCGCCCUCAACCCGACUUGCGAGGGGCGCGCAGUCUUUGUGUCGGUGCGCAGGCAUGCGUGCCGCGGCGCCGGCGGCGUGCUGGCGCGCUCUCGCUGGCGCGACGAGCAGGGACGCCCACAGUUUUCGACGACGAUGGUGAUCCAUCUCAGUCCUAAGGAGGUGGUCGACGCCUGCGUCAUCCUCGGACUCGCGUCGAUCCACGACGUGGACGUUGUCUCCGACAUCGUGCCGCUGCAGCCUCCGCCGCUGCCGGCGCCUCGUGACCCGCUGGUGCUCUCGUUCCCUCUCUCCGCCGGCGCCGGGCUGCCCUUCCGUUGCUCGCAGGCCGCGGGCGGCGCGCUCACCCACUUUGCGCACCCGUCGACGUGGCACGCAUGCGACUUUGACGCGCCGGUGGGCACGCCAGUGCUCGCUGCGUCCGACGGCACCAUUGCAGAGGUGCGGGACGGCUGUGCAGCGGGAGGCGGCGCGGACACGUCCCUCUUCUUCGCCUUCAACUCGGUCGUGCAGCUCCUCCCGGACGGCACCACCACUCUCGAGUACGUGCACAUCCGCGCCGGCUCGGCCGUUGUCCGCGCCGGCGACCCUGUGCGCCGCGGGCAGCGGCUAUGCGAGAGUGGAGACGCCGGCUUUUGCCCGACGCCGCACCUGCAUCUCGAGGCGCACGCGCACGGUCUCGCCGACCCGGCGGCGCCGUCGCUACCCCUCGCCUUCGCAUUCGAGGCCGGGGGCGAGGCGGCGGUGGAGGCACACGCGGUUCCGAGAAUUCUGAUUCUGUGCAGCGUGCGCCGGUCCACACGCCCUUGGGUCGUGUCGUCGUGUGCGCGCCAGUGA